AUGGGUAGAUUUAAGAGUGCAGCCAGAGGAGGGAGGGGGCCAGACGAGACUCAGAGAAAGAGGCACUUGAGAGGGACAGCCAAAGAUUCACAGCUAGACAUGGGGAGGACUGCAGCAGUAUGGGUGGAGCUUUUUUCAGUAUUGGCGGGGAGGGGAGGAGAAACUGGGAAGCUGAGUGCCGUGUUGAGGGAACUCAGAGAGGACAAGAAACGUCUCAUGGACCAGGGUGGAAAGGAGGAGGAGGAGGAGGAAGAAGAAGAGGAGGAUGAGGAAGAAGAGGAGGAAGAAGAAGAAGAGGAAGAAGAAGAAGAGGAAGAAGAAGAGGAAGAAGAGGAAGAAGAAGAGGAGAGUGAAACAAACAGCACAAUGACUAAGAAUGGCUUCACAGACUCAUUACCAGAGGACUGCCGACUGGGAGGAGCUAAAAUUUCAUGCAAGGCCAUUGGCAUGUCCCGCCUACCAAUCAUCACUGACUUGACAGUCACUAUUCUUGAACUGCCUGGGAAUAACAUUUCUAGAUUGCCCCCUCGAAGCUUCUCUGGUCUCCCUAAUCUGGAAGAAAUUGAUCUCAGCGAGAACAAGCUAGACUCCUCUCUUAGACCGUUCCUUUUUGUUAAUCUGACAAAACUUAAAAGGCUGAACCUGGACAAUAAUGAGCUGACUACGAUCCCAAGACUGCCGUCGUCUCUUGAGGAACUGAGGAUAAACAACAACAAAAUUAGUCACCUUGCUCCUGGCAGCUUCAGAGGUCUGUUCAAGCUGCUUGUUUUAGAGAUUGGAGGCAACAGCCUCUAUGAAGGCAGCAUUACACCUGUUACCUUCCGCCCUCUGAAGAUGGUUAAGUACCUUAGACUCAAUAACAACUACUUCCGCACCAUCCCUUUUGGACUCCCCCCCUCCCUAGAGGAUUUACGAAUGCAGCAUAACCAGAUCCAACUAGUAGAGGGCAUGGCUCUGAAUAAGUCUGUCCACCUGAGAGUGCUGGAUCUGAGUCACAACCUCCUGACAGAAAACAGCUUCGACCACGGGGCCUGGAUCAAUCUGCCUAAACUGGAGGCUCUGGAUCUGUCCCACAACCAGAUGGCCACAAUUCCCUUCUAUCUCCCUACUGCUUUACGCCAGGUCUCCUUGCAGCACAACCAAAUCCACAGCAUUCCAGCUUACGUCCUGCAGCACCUCAAGCCAGGCCUGGAGUCUCUGCGUCUAUCUCACAACCACCUGCAGGAUCACGGGAUAUCGACGGUGUCGUUCCGAGGGGUGUACCGGACGCUAGUUGAGCUCCUCUUAGACAACAACUAUUUUGAGUGUGUCCCACGUUACAUACGCUUGUUCCGGAAUCUGCAGUUGCUGCAUCUUGACUCCAACCGAAUCAGGUCCAUCCCAGUGAAAUCACUGUGUAAACGCAAGGUGACUGAGUGGUCUUCACUCACCACUGUUCACCUGGAAUACAAUCUGAUCGACCAGCACCGUAUUCCCGCCACUGCUCUCUCCUGCAUCCAGGACCGAAGUAGUGUCAUCCUGGAACCUCAGAACUCCACGAUGGCCUAG